AUGGAUUUGGUGAAUCAUUUGACAGACCGUUUGCUAUUUGCUGUUCCAAAAAAGGGCAGAUUGCAUGAAAAAUGCUGCGAUUUAUUGAAUGGAUCUGAUAUCAAGUUUAGGCGUUCCAAUAGAUUGGACAUUGCUCUUUCCACGAACCUACCAAUUGCAUUAAUCUUCUUGCCAGCUGCCGAUAUUCCGAUUUUUGUCAGUGAAGGUAAUUGUGACCUAGGUAUUACGGGCUUAGAUCAAAUAAAAGAAGCUGGAAUGCAAGACUUAAUAGAAGAUCUCCUUGAUUUGAGAUUUGGAACCUGCAAGUUACAAAUCCAAGUUCCUGAAAACGGAGGAAUCAAUGAUGUAAAGGAUUUGGUUGGUAAAAGAAUUGUUAGUUCCUUUAUAAAUUUAUCUUCCAAUUAUUUCAAAGAUUUAGAAGGUGUUGAAGAACAUACACAAUUGCAAACAAAAAUGAAAUACGUAGGUGGCUCAGUUGAAGCAUCUUGUGCAUUAGGCGUUGCAGAUGCUAUUGUUGAUUUGGUCGAGAGCGGCGAGACUAUGAGGGCUGCUGGCUUAAAGGCCAUUGAAACAAUUCUUUCCACAUCGGCUCAUUUGAUAUCUUCUAAAAAACCAAGAUAUCCUGAGUUGGUUCAAAUUGUUCAUCAAAGAAUAGAGGGUGUGUUAACUGCUCAAAAAUACGUUUUAUGUACUUACAAUGCACCUAGACUGAUAUUACCAAAAGUUUUAAAGAUCACACCUGGUAGAAGGUACCCAACGGUAUCAAAAUUAGAACUGAAUAAUAAAGAGGAGACUUCAGAAGAAUGGUUAGCGAUAUCUUCUAUGGCCGAAAGAAGUGCUAUCAGUAAUAUUAUGGACGAAUUGAAAAAGAUAGGUGCGUCAGAUAUUAUGGUCUUUGACAUUGGUAAUUGCAGAACAUAA